AUGAGCAGCCAGCUCCCAGCCACUUUAAGCUCAGUCAGAGCCCUGCUGAGACAGGGCCAUACUUUGGUACAGAUCCAGUGUGGACCAGAGGUCACUACCAGCUGCAACAAGGAAAUAAUUCACCAGGUUCCAAACAGCAAGAGAACACUUUGGACUACUUCAAAGCCAGCUGGAAGUUUUGACUGCUGCAGCCUCUGCAGCUCUGGCACACUAGCCUUUUGCAUCCUGUCCUCAUCAAGUGGUACUCCUGGACCCAGGGAAGGUGCUUUCCUAGGGUGCUUCCAGUCAGCCGGCUGCCAUCGCUACCAAUCAGAAGGCACUGCGCAUCUGUCCCAUCUUUUCCUGCUUCACGGAUUGUCUCCUGAGGCCGAUAGCAGCCCACUCGCGAUGACCCAGCACCUUCCCUCCCUGACACGCGUGGCAGUGUGUGGGGGCACUCAUGGGAACGAGAUGUCGGGCGUUUUCCUGGUCAGGCACUGGAUGAGGGACCCCUCCGAGUUGCAGCGGAGCACCUUCCACGCCGUUCCCUUCCUGGGCAACCCACGUGCAACUGAGCAGUGCAGACGCUACAUCGACCGGGAUCUCAAUCGCACAUUCACUGCUGAUUUUCUCAACUCCAAGGUUCCAGAUACGGACUUGUACGAGGUACAGCGUGCCCAGGAGAUCAACCAGACCUUUGGGCCCAAGAGUUCUUCUCAAGCCUAUGACCUCAUGCUUGACCUGCACAACACCACAGCCAACAUGGGCUCCUGCCUCAUUGUGGACUCUGGAAACAACCUCUUGGCCAUGCAUAUGUGUAACUACAUUCAGAAACAUUCUGGAAUAAGACACUGUCCCAUCCUUCUCUAUCAGCAGCAGCCAGAGGAAGAGACUUAUUCCGUAUUUUCAGUGGCCAAAGUUGGGCUAGCAUUGGAGCUGGGCCCACAGCCCCAGGGGGUAGCACGGGCUGACCUGCUUGCUCAGAUGCGGUCCAUCGUGGCCUGUGCUUUGGACUUCAUUGAAGAGUUUAACCAAGGUAUGUUGUUUCCAGCCCUCGAGACUGAAGCAUACAAGGUGGUUGGCUUUGUGGACUUCCCCCGCUAUCCUAAUGGCGAGAUUUCUGCUGCGAUCCAUCCAAAUCUGCAGGAUAAAGAUUUCCAGCCUCUAAAGUCUGGGGACCCCAUUUUCCAAACAGUCAGUGGGGAAGAUAUUCUAUAUGAGGGUGACAAGACCACCUACCCAGUCUUCAUCAACGAGGCAGCCUACUAUGAGAAGAGGGUGGCCUUCAUCGAGACAGAGAAGUGCACAGUCUCCCAUCCUGCACUGCAGAAGAGUUUUUAGACGAGCCCUGUCUGAGCAGGGCAAACUGGAGCGAGCGCCCGUCACAAGAAGGCAAUUGGGCCAAGUGUUCUAGGAAACCACUGUGGUGUGGCUUAUC